AUGGCAUCUGAUUAUUACAAAGACUUUUACUUUUCUCAAAUCACUUUAAAGGAUUGUGUAUAUUUCAUAAAACGCUUUGGUACAUGUAAUGAUAUCAAAAAGUUAGAAAAUUCAAAUACAAAUUUAAAGACAUUAGUAUUUGAUAUUAUUGAAAGAAAAAAAGCAAUCCACACAAAAACACUUUUUCAAUUUAUUAAAUACAUUUCACAAGUUGGAAUUGGAAGAAAAGUGCAUUUUUUAAAUAAAAAAGAGAUGGAAAACAUCAAAAAACGUAUAUGGGAAAGAAAAAAUAACAAUUUAUUAAAUAAAAAAACAAUAAAAAUAUCAAAAAUUAGUAUAUUUGAACAACGACAAGCCAAAAAUACUUCAAUGAUAUUAAAAAAUACAAAUAAAAUUAAGCAACAUUGUUAUACAAAAACAAAAAGAUCACCAUGUCUUUUAGCUGUUAAAAAUACAAUUAGUAAUACAACCGUAUUAUAUUUGGGAAAAAUCACAACCAAAUGUGUUUUCUGUAAAGCAUUGCAUUUCGAAUGUGAAAGAAGAAAUAAACAUCAUCCAAACCUUUAUUACAAUUGUUGUCAUUACAGAAAAAUUGAACCAAAGACUGAUCUAUACUACCCACCAAUAAUAAAAGAUCUCCUCGACGUAAACAACAAUUAUCAUGAAAAUUUCAAGGAAAACAUUCGCGUUAUCAAUUCUUCACUCUCUUUCGCUUCAUUUGGUGCAAAUAUUCCAAAUAUGGGGCACACGAGUAGUUUUAUUGUUCAAGGUAAUUUUUAUCAUAAUAUUUCUAAUGCACUUCCUACCAACGGGAAUCCCACAUUUGGGCAGUUGUAUUUUUUGGAUGCAGAUGAAGCCAAUGUUUCCAGAAAAAGCAGUAAGUAUACAAAAAAUGCAAUGAAACUAUUAUAA